AUGGAGAGAAAACAAGGGUUUUUUUCUACAUUGAAGGAAGAAGUAGUUAGAGGCUUAUCUCCAGGAAGGUCCAGGCAUAGAACUCCUAAACCCGGCCGGAGUCGGAGCGGGUCUCCGAAUUCGGGUCUUCUCCGGCGGAGGAAAGGCCACCAUGUAUCACAAACCGAACCCGUUAUGUCAAGAUCCGGAAGCUUGAGACCGUUGGAAGCUCUGUCACCGCUCCGGGAAGGUCCGGAUCCGAAUGAGACGACGGCAGAAGUCGCCGGUGAUUCAUCGAAAGUAGAAAGAUGGGGACACUGGAUGAAGGGUCAGCUAUGUCGUGCUCCAUCUACUGCUACAAGUUCGGGUUCGGGUUCUGCUUCAUAUCAACGUUCGGAUCUGAGAUUGUUGCUUGGUGUCUUGGGUGCGCCGCUUGCACCGGUGCACGUUAGCAACGCCGAACCUUUCCCCCAUCUCAGUAUCAAAGACACCCCCAUUGAGACUUCUUCUGCGCAGUACAUACUGCAGCAGUACAUGGCGGCAUCAGGUGGCCAGAAGUUGCAGAACUCGAUUCACAAUGCAUACGCCAUGGGGAAAGUGAAGAUGUUGGCGUUUGAUAUAGAGACGGCCACGAAGGUGAUCAAGAACCGGAAUUCAUCAAAAACAGCAGAGUCUGGAGGUUUUGUGCUUUGGCAGAUGAAUCCCGACAUGUGGUAUGUGGAGCUUGCGCUUGGUGCAAGCAAGGUUCACGCUGGUUGUAAUGGGCGGCUCGUGUGGCGACAUACACCUUGGCUUGGUGCACAUGCAGCUAAAGGACCGGUUAGACCCUUGCGUCGUGCUCUUCAGGGUCUUGAUCCAAGAACGACAGCAAGCAUGUUCACGAACGCAAGAUGCACCGGAGAGAAGAAGAUCAAUGAUGAGGAUUGUUUCAUCCUGAAACUAUGUGCCGAUCCACACACGUUGAAAGCUCGGAGUGAAGGGCCUGCAGAGAUCAUUAGACACGUCCUUUUCGGCUAUUUUAGCCAGAAAACCGGGCUCCUAAUCCAUUUAGAAGACUCUCAUCUGACGCGAAUUCAAACCAACGGAGGCGAUGCAGUUUACUGGGAGACCACAAUCAAUUCGUUUCUUGAUGAUUACAGGCCCGUUGAAGGAAUCAUGAUUGCUCAUUCGGGAAGAUCGGUUGUAACCCUUUUCAGGUUUGGCGAAACGGCAAUGAGCCACACCAAGACACGGAUGGAAGAGGUUUGGACCAUUGAAGAAGUUGCGUUUAACGUUCCUGGGCUCUCGAUCGACUGUUUUAUUCCGCCGGCUGAGCUACGGUUCGGGAACGUAAGUGAAGCGUGUGAGUUCCCGCAAGAAGAUCGAGUCAAGACUGCCGCCAUGGCGGCGGCCGCUUAUCGAGCGAAGGUGGUGGCAUUAGAAAGAUCACGCGAUGGCACAAUGAGGAGGGAUUUCUAAAAGAAUUGGUGGCGGAAUUUACAGGUGCUUUGGUUAAAUGACCUUCUGUCACAUUUUUAAAUUCGUAACCUUCUGAACAGGGUUGAAAAUGUCACUGCUUAAUAGAAGAAAUGUCACUUCCAUACACAAGAAUGCCGUAAAGCCUGUCAGAAGGUCAUAGAUUUAAAAAACACUUGUCAGAAGCUGAUUUAGCUAAAUAGCCCCGGAAUUCGCAUACUAAUAGGGAUAGUUUCUUUAGUAUAAAACUGGCUGGUCAAUUUGACUUUUGAAAGCAAUAGGAAGAGGAAAUCUUCUUGAAUCUGUUAAUAUUUCUGAGGAUUAUUGUUAUCUUUGGAGCCUUCGAUCGAUCUUUUCGUCAAGGGUUGUGUUCUGUUUCUCGACCGCUCUUUUUGCUUAAAACUGGUGUAACGUUGGCUAGAGAUCGAGAUUCGAUUCGACCCGUGUAAAAUCUUGUUUGAAAGAUUAACAUUUAAUAUCAUCUUUUG